ACACUAACAUGUUUAGCCAUAAUCCAGUGCUAGGCCGAUCAUCUCAUCCAGUUGUACGCUGUGGACAGUUACAGCACUUGCGGACGUUGAAGAGGCGGUUGGCGUACCCAGAAGCCUACAGACCAGUUGUACCUCCCCAGACUGGCAAAAAAGACCAUUCUAGUUACUUCCAAAGAGCUUUGAAAGGAUGGCUUGGGCCUAAGAACAUAAGAGGUGAAUACUACAGGAACAAGUAUUAUUAUCCUCCACAGAACCACAAGCCCAGAUAUAUUGUACAGGACGGACAGAGUGUGGAAGAUGGAAAUCAACCCACCUCGAGAUCCUUCGGUUCCAAAGGAAGAGAUCCUGCAUUACACCCUUUUCCUCAAAACUUGCAAUGUACGACAGCCCCCAUCAUUUCCGAAGAAUUGAAGUUGACGGUAUAUGAGGAUGCUAAUGUAAGAGGACUAAAGACACAAGAAAUAGCUCAGAAAUACGGGAUUAAAUUGGCAAGAGUUGAAGCCAUUAUAAAGCUUUACGAAAUUGAAAGAAGCUGGGAAGAGAACAACAAAAUAACAACUGAUUUGAAGCAGUUCUCUACCACCAUGUACAAGAUGUUCCCAUUAUUCAAUCCUCCAUUGCAGGCGGAAAACUUGACAGAAAUCCCCACUCCAUCAAGAACUUUACACCAGAGAUUUUUAACGAUCUCAGAAUCAGAACCUUUUGGUCCAGUUGAUGCAGCAGACAUUUUCGGAUUGGAACCUGCCAGUGAAACCUUAACCAAGUUGACACAAAUCCAAGAUCAUUCCCAACAAAACAACUCUGUGGUUUUGAAUAAAGUUUUGGUUGGAAAGCAAAAGGAAGGAGAUAGAACUGCAUUUAGAUUCUCUCAUGCUCAAUCUGGAUCUGUUGGUUACCGGUAUGGUGCCAGUCGUAGAGACAGAAAGAAAGAUAAAGCGAUUGGAUUUGACCGUGUUGGAAAACUUGUUAAUUUGGCAUAAGUCAAUGCCCUCUUUUACAUAUCGACACUAGCCCUGUCUAACCUUAAGUAACCUUGUAAAUAAACGGAUUAGCGCACGACGUCAUUUUGAAAAUUUUCUCGACACGUCUUGAAUGCGCUCUC